CGGAUCGGGUAGCGACACUCCUUUUAUGUGCUUUUUCCGGUCCCGCGAAGUCUCGCGUUUUAUCGCGGUGAUUGUUGGUAGCAGCGGCGCUAGCAGAACGCUAACAGAGAGCUAACGGUCAGAGCGGAGAGAACCUCCGCGAAGCUGCUUCAGAGCCACGGAAUGAGCUCCGGGACCCGCCGCUGAGUUCGGCCCCAGUAGGGAGCUGCAGACGGUCACCCCAACAUGGACGUAGACGUUCCGAACAGAUCCGCCGCGGAGGACGGGGAGCUAGAAGACGGAGAAAUUUGCGAUGAUGAUACCGAGGAGAGAGCGCCUCCGCGGCGGGGGGAUGGGAGCAGGCCCCGCGGCGGUGCUCCUCCUCGGCCACGAAAGCCGCACAAGCACCCGCACGGCGCGCCGCCGCACUUGGGCCACCCGCCGCCGGACUUCCGCCACCUCAUGCCCUACAGCCUCGGCCCUCACGGCCCAUUCCCGGCCGGCCACCGGCAACAGUGCGGGCCGAGCGGGCCCGACCGGCCUCCCUCCCCGCCACCGUCGCCGCAGCAGCCUCCCGGGCUCGGCUCUCACGGGGAGCCCGGGCCGCGGUCCAGCUUCUGGGAGCGGAGCCACGGCACGCUGGGACGCUUCCGGCACCGCGGCAUGCCGAACGGAGGGCCCGGGGGCUGGAGCCGCGGCGGCCGGGGGGGCAACAGCCGGCCACCUCCCGGACGGUACCUGCCCGGAGAGAGCCACAGCUCCCCCGCGAGGAAGCAGAAACCUCUCGGGAGGAACCGGCUCAGGAAGGCGGCUCACGGCGCUCCCAGGCCAGAGAGCAGUGGUGACGAGUCCUUUGAGGAUCUGCUGUCCAAAUACAAACAGAUCCAGAUUGAACUCGAGUGCAUCCGCAAAGAGGAGACGAUGGCCCUGGAGCCACGGACGUCACCAGUCAGGGACGACGUGGUGGAGUGCGUAGCCGCCGCUCUAACGGACGCCAAAGCUGAACCGGGCCCGGCUCUGAGUCCGGCAGCAGCCGCGGAGGAGGCGUCGGAGCUGGAGAGGAAGAAAGUGUUCCAGGCCUUCAACAUCAAACCGCUUCGUCAGAAACUCCCCACGCCAGCCGACCUGGACGAGCUGCAGAAGAAGUGGGCGGAGCCUGGUGGUGAAGGGGAUCAGCCAAUCACAGAUAACGGAGCAGAAUUGGAAGGAAAAGGUGCCAAAGAAGCAGAAGAGGGGACGCGCGAGAGCGGCGGUGAGGGAGAGCAGCGAGCAGGAGGAGGAGACCCCGCAGACGAGAGGCCGCGUGACCCGUGCAUCACGGAGGAGCAGGAGAAACCGCCGCCGCCGUGUCCCAGCGAGUCGUCGGCGUCCAGCGAGGACUCUCCAGAUAAGGCCACAGAGAAGGUGGUGGUGGUGGAGGAGGAGGAGCUGUCAGAGCUGCAACUGCGUCUCCUCGCUCUGCAGUCGGCCAGUAAGAAGUGGCAGCAGAAGGAGCAGCAGGUCAUGAGGCGGAGCAAAGAACGCAUCACUAAAGCCGCCCAGGAGAAGAGCUCGGGCCCCGGGGCCGCCCUACACGCCAGGCAGAGGGUCACCACCAGGUCCGCCUCCUCCGCCGCCGCCACAGAGAGGAGCAGGACCAGGUCCAAACCUCAGGACAGGGACCGCGAGCGGAACAAGACUGGGCCCAGACCUCAGAACAGAGACAGACCCAAGCCGAGUCCCAAAGCCGGACCUAAAGCCCCGCUGGAGAGGGCCCGCACGCCGGGGAAGGCUCACAUCACCAAGAAGAUCAGCCCAGGUUCAGCGGCAAAGCAGGCGUUCAGGAAGCAGCAGGUGAGGACGUGGAAGCUGCAGCAGCAGAGAGAGCAGGAGGAGAAGCGGCGCCAGGAGGAGGAGGAGCGCCGCAAGCGGGAGGACGAGAUCCGGCGAAUCCGCGACCUGUCCAACCAAGACGAACAAUAUAACCGCUUCAUGAAGCUGGUGGGCGGAAGGAAGAGGACGUGCAGCAAGUCCAAGGACCGGGACCACCGCAAGUCUGCGGGCAAGCCGGGCCUGGACACCUCGGGGAACCUCUACCAGUACGACAACUACGACGAGGUGGCGAUGGACACGGACAGUGAGACGGGUUCACCAGUCCCGUCGCCGACGCACAGCAACCUGCUGUCUGUGGAGGAGGCAGCGUGCGUCCCUCACCUGUACGGCACCGACCCCAUUCCUUUCGGAAUGGAAUUCUCGCAGCCCUUCCUCCCCCGCUGCUCUCCGCCAUUCCUCCCCCACAAGAGCUCCAGCGCUCCUCCUUCUCCAGGUGGGCCUCCUCCCGCAGACCUUCAGCCUCCACCCAGAGGAAACCUGAGCACGGUCAGUCUGAACACGGUGCCUCAACCCCGCCCCAACAAGGCCGCCAGAGCACACCUCAUCGCCAGAGCGCCGCUUGUGCUGCCCAGACAUAAGGCGGUGGUGGUUUCUCUCAACGACUCUGACGACAGCGACUCGGACAUGGACGCCUGCAGCUCGUCACAGGCGGUGUUUGGCGGCCUGGAGUUCAUGAUCAAAGAGGCCCGGAGGACGGUGGAGGCGGCGAAGCCAAAAGGAGCGUCGGCCUCAGAGAAGGAGAACAAUCCGGUCCGAACGCCGGAAGCUCUGCCUGAUGCCAAGAAGGCCGAGUACCGCCUACUCAAAGAGGAGAUCGCCAGCAGGGAGAGGCAGAGGAUGAUGAAGGAACAGAGUCCUCGUGGCUCCGCCUCGCCCGCCACUGCAGACUCCGACUCCUCCCUGAAGCCUACAGCAGAGCUGAAGCUGAGCGAGGCCGAGCUGAAGCUCACCAAACACAGGGAGCUGCUGCAGAGAGACGAGGCCAUGCUCCGACACCUGCUGCAGCAGGAGCUGAAGAAGAACGAGUCGCUGAAGGCCGCUGAGGCCAAAGUGGCCAAACUGAGGGAGCAGCUGCAGGCGUCGGAGAGGAUCGUCAGCGCCAACAAGAUGCUCCUCAGGAAGCUGCGCGAGCAGGUCCACCGGGUGGAGCAGCGGGUCUCCGUGAAGAAGACGGUGGCAGUGCGGUUGGAGCAGGAGCUGCUGCAGGCUCACCUGGCUGCUGGCAGGGCACCCAAACGGCGAGCGGACUCCAGCCGGCCCACGCUCAGCAAGUUGCCGCGACGUGACGCAGCGCCCCGUGGUUCUGAGCGUCACUUCGCCGAGCUCAUCGCUCAGAAGCAACGACUGCAGCAGCUCGAGUCCGAGUACGCGCUGAAGAUCCAGAAGCUGAAGGAGGCGCAGGCGCUGCGAAACAAAGGCAUCCCGCCAGAGCUCCCCGUAGAGCCGCCGUCACGACCCGCCACACCCCCGGAACCUCAGGUCCAGCUGCCGCAGCCCUCACUGCACGACCUCUCCCAGGACAAGCUGACGCUGGACAGCGAGGACGCCGCGGAGGCCGAGGAUCACGAACCGGAACCUGUGCCCGCUGCUGUGGCCAGAGGCAGCCGUCGAUCCUCCUUCCGUCAGUCCAGCUGCUCCUUCACCAAACCCCACCUGGACGCCGCGAGCUCGGCUCCGCCUAAAGACAUCGGCACUGCUGCCAAGCCCGUGAAGGCGCUGCCCAGCAGCUCGGCAGGUGUGGAGCUUCCUGUUGAGAUGUUCGCGGGGCUGGACGUGGAUGCUCUGAAGCGGCUGUACCAACAGAAGACGCCUCUGAGAGAGCUGCUGCUGCUGGAGCUGCAGGUGCUGGGGGAGGAUGUGGACCCCGCCGCACAGGUGUUUCCGGCUGAGGUGGAGACGGCGGUGAGUUCGUCGAGCAGCUCGGAGCUGAGGCCGCUUCCCUUCAGACCGUACCACAGCCCUCUGCUGGUCUUCAGGUCCUACAGGUUCAGCCCGUACUACAGGACCAAGGAGAAGCUGUCUCUGAGCUCGGUGACAUACAGCAACGCCAUUGAAGCAAAGAAGUGCUUCUGCCGCUUCGACCUCACAGGAACGUGCAACGACGACGGCUGCAGAUGGCAGCACAUGAGGAACUGCACUCUGAGCGGGAACCAGCUCUUCCAGGACAUCCUGUCCUACGACCUGUCGCUAAUCGGUUGCUCCGACAGCAGCUCGGACGAGGACGUGUGCGCCGCCACAGAGAAGUACAUGAAGAGGCUGUUCGGCUCUAACAAGGACCGCAUGGGGGUCGAUCAGAAGGCCGUCCUCCUUGUCAGCAAAGUCAACGAAAGCAAGCGCCACGUCCCGCCCUACACCACCUACAAGGACGCGAGGAGGUGGAGGCCGAAGCCAUCGACGCAGAGUGACCUCAGUCCUGAGGACGACGGCAGUGACGACGAGGGGAUGGCGGCCGAUCACAUGACACCUGGCAGAGACGGCAGUGCUCACAUCGUCCUCUCCACUCUGGACGCCUGCGUCACCUCGGAGGACAAACGCUACUUCAUCAGCGAGACGGACGACAUCGCGAACCUGGAGGUCAGCGUCCUGGAGAGCCCCCGAGACACUCAGCUGUGGAUCAAGCUCGCCUUCAAAUACCUAAAUCAGAGCGAGAUCUCUGCGGCAGAGUGUUUGGAAGCCGCCCUGAACACGCUGUCACGUGCUUUGGAGAGCAACUGCGAUAAUCCUGAGGUGUGGAGCCAUUACCUGUCCUUGUUCUCCAGGCGGGGCAGCCGGGAGGAGGUGCAGGAGAUGUGCGAGAUGGCGGUGGAGCACGCCCCCGACUACAGAGUGUGGUGGAACUACCUGAACCUGGAGAGCUCAUUCGAAGGGAAAGACUACGUGUGCGAGCGUCUGCUGCAGUUCCUCCUCGCCGAGUCGUCAUCUGGAGUCAUGGAGAAGCUGUCCUUCCAGCUGAUGGAGGCGCUGCUCUACAGAGUCCAGCUGAGCCUGUUCACGGGCCGGCUGGAGAGCGCGCUCGCCGUCCUGCAGAAUGCUCUGAAGUCGCCUCAGGACCGGAGCAUUGCCGACCACCUGACGGCCGCCGACCGGGCGCUGCUCUGGCUCUCCUACAUCCACCUAACGGAGUUCGACCGACUGCCGGCGUGCCUGUACGACCCCGCGGAGUCGGGCCCGUCCCGUGUAGUCAGCAGGGAGCCGUUCCUGCUGCCAUGGAGGACGCCGCGGGACGUCAGGACGCCCGCCGACAUCCUCGUCGCUUUCUUCCAAGACGGCGUCCGUCAGUGCAGCGACGAGCACGCGUCUGACAGCGAGAGGACGCUGGCCUGCCUUCCUCUGCACACCAACCUCAUCUUCCUCUACAAGUUGCUGCAGAGGUACAGCGAGGGCAUCGCUCUGUGCGAGUCGCUGCUCGAGUUCUGUCCCGAGUCGUGCAUUCUGCGAGACGCCCUGGCCGGCCUCCACCUGCACGGCGGGAGCGGCGACCGGGCGGUCAGCAUGUGGCUCCACGCUCUGGCCGAGUGCCCUCACAACGCUGAGGUCUUCUACCACUGCUGCAAGUUCCUCAUGGCUCAGGAGAAGGCGGGCGCCAUCACGCCACUGUUCAGAGGCUUCGUGCUGUCGCUUUGCGAGGACGAGCAGAGUCCAAGGACGCCCGUAGACGUGCUGCGGUACAUCCUGGGCUUCUCCUCCUCCUCCGAGCUGCUUGGAGGUCCCGUCAUCAAGAAGGAGCUCCAGGAGCGGCUGAGGCAGCAGAUGAGCUUCCUCCACCUCAUUCACUGUCGGUGGCAAUGGCUGCACGGCUCGGUGGAGGACGCAGCGGAGGCAUUUGAGCGAGCGCUGGGGGCUGUCACCCAGCUGGAGGAGCUUCACAGGCUGUGGAUGGAUUACCUGAUGUUCAGCUGCAGCCCACAGGCCCGCGCCGCCUCGCAGUCCAGGACGUUCUCAGACCUGGUCCAGCGCUGCCUCAGCACCACCCCCUCGAGACUCGAGCUCCCCUUCAACCCGGCAGAGUUCUGGAACUGCUACCGCUUCCACAACAAGGUGGUCGCGCUUUACCUGAGCUGCCUGCCGCCGUCCCAGCAUGCACUGCUUCUGGAGAGACUGAGCUACACUAUGCCCAAUAACACUGAGCUGGGCCUCAGGUUGCUGCACCAGGAGUGGCUGGAUGGGAACGUGGAGCACCUGAAGUUCCAGGCCCGGAUGCUGAGCGGUAACGUCCCCAAGUGUCUGAGCAGCUGGAAAAUAGCAAUCGCUGUGGAGGAGGAGCUAAAGGAGCGAGCUGAGGUGCGUCACAUGUUCCAGCAGGCCCUGCAGAACCUCCCACUGAGCGCGGCCCUGUGGAAACAUCGUCUGCUACUGGAGGCAGCGGAAGGCGGGGCCUCGGAGCGCCUUCGGCGGCUGUGGGACUGCUGUCAGCGGGCGGGGGUGAGCGUGAGCGGGGGCGUCGGCCCAUCGCUCGGCGAGGAUGGCUGAUCGGACUGAUCAAUAAUAGAUCAAUAAUGAGAGGCUGUAGGUGACUGAGUGAGAGCAGACGAGGUAAGCCAGACGUCCCCCUCCCCGGCCGCUGAAGCCACGCCCCCUCCGGGAGCGCCUCGGUGUGAGUGUAAGUAUCGAGAGCUGAGUGCCGCCCUCACUCUUCAUCACCUUUCUUUAGUUCCUCACCUUUGAGUUGGAGUCAUUUCCCUCCCUUUUAUAUCUCAUUUACCUGACGGGGAGGGCGGGGGGAGGGGGAUGCUGGGGUGUGUUUGGCCCCCGUGUGUGUGUGUCAAGAGGACGCCGGCGUCGCCGGUCUGUGGACUCUUUAGUUAAACAAACUGAGUGUUGCUGAGGCGACACGGCUGAGAAAGGGAGCGGAUGCAGAGACUGGACCGACCACCACCGCUGUCGGCCACGCCCCUCUGAGACUCAUGUGCAAUGUGCUUUUGUUUUGUCAAUCAGCUGAUUAAAGAGUAUUAGCAGCAGAGGAGACGCACGUCCUGCCACUGAUGUUUUUUUUACAUUCACCUGUUAUUAAAUUAUUUUCUAAAAUAA